AUGUCCACUUUUUCGGGCCUCACCACCACAACAUCUAAUGCAUCGGGUCGCCAUCAACAUGGUAUCGACCCUACUCUCGACCACACGGUCGUGUCUGAAAUCUACGAGACAGAGGACCAGGUGACCGGAGCUGAUCUGGAAAAGACUGGUACGCAUGUCUCCGAUUUUGAAAAGCAGGACCAAACCCACAACCCCAACCAGGAUGCCGAACAUGAGCCAGCUACCGCAAACAAGUCAGACAACAACGAUGAGCUCUAUCGCACGGCUUCUACGGUAGCCCCUUCGCACCGCUCCGUUCAGGGUGGGCUUGAAGCAUGGCUGGUGGUGCUCGGGAGCUUCCUGGGUCUUUUUGGCUCCCUGGGACUCGUCAACACCAUUGGUACUUUCCAGGCCUACAUCGAGAAUCACCAGCUGAAAGACUAUAGCUCCGGUAACAUCGGGUGGAUCUUUGGCAUGUAUGCCUUCUUGACCUUCUUCUGCGGUGUUCAGAUCGGCCCCAUCUUCGAUGCCCGCGGGCCGCGUUUUCUUGUCCUGGCAGGCUCCAUCUGUGAGAUGGCGAUGAUGAUCCUUCUGGGGUUUUGCACCAAGUACUGGCAUUUUAUGCUUGUGAUCGGUGUUCUGGGCGGAGUGGGCGCGUCUUUGAUAUUCACCCCAGCCAUCUCAGCAAUCGGUCAUUUCUUCUUUGAAAAACGUGGAGUCGCAACCGGUAUUGCUGCUACCGGUGGCUCGAUUGGGGGAAUUGCCUUUCCGCUCAUUCUGGAAAGCCUUUUCCCCAAAAUUGGAUGGGCCUGGGCAACCCGUGUGAUCGCCCUGAUAUGCCUAAUCGCUUUUGGAUUCGCAAACCUACUCAUCAAAUCUCGCCUACCACAACGGCCUUUCUCCAGAGAAAACAUCCUUCCGGAUUUCAAGGUUUUCCGCGAGCCUCGAUUUGCAUUGACUACCGCCAGCGUGUUCUUUAUUGAGUGGGGUCUCUUCGUGCCUAUCAGUUACAUCUCCUCUUAUGCUCUGGAUCAAGGCUUCUCCACGAAACUUUCAUACCAGAUGGUAGCCAUUUUGAACGUUGGUUCGUUCUUCGGAAGAUGGCUUCCAGGAUUCUUUGCUGAUUAUCUUGGCCGAUUCAACACCUUGAUUGCGACUGUGGCUCUCUGCUUGCUGUGCAAUGCAUGCCUCUGGCUUCCUGCCGGGAACAGUCUGGCAUUGCUCAUCGUAUAUGCCGUCCUCUUCGGCUUCUCCAGUGGAAGUAACAUCAGUUUGACGCCUGUCUGCGUCGGUCAGCUGUGCAAGACCGAAAACUACGGUCGUUAUUACGCAACCGCAUACACGAUUGUGAGCUUUGGCACCCUGACCGGUAUCCCCAUUGCCGGAGAAAUCCUAUCGCGCUGCAAUGGUGAAUACUGGGGCCUUAUUGCUUUCACUACAGUGUGCUAUGCGGCUGGUCUUGCUUGCUGUACCGCCGUAAAGGUCAUACAGGUCGGCUGGCGUCGUCCUCUCGCUAUUUACUAG